CACAUAUAAAACAAACGAUCUCGGAGAAAUAUUCACAAUCAUAUUCAAGUUGUUCGUUCGCGCGCUCGAGUUCCAGUCCGAGAAGAUUUGGAUUCCCAUAAGUAUUUCUUCAGCCUUAGAUCCAGAGAGUCGGAAAGCCAUGUCCGUUUCACAGUUUAGGGAGCAGCUCGGCUUAUGCAUUACCCUGGCAGUGCUCGCCUCUGUCAUUGGUGACUACCAGGCCAACAUGUUUCUUAACGGCCAGUACCAAAACGGUAUCAAGGAUCAAAAGGAGAACCACCUUUUAGUAAAUCCCUCGACAAACGUGUUCCUCAACCACGCCAUCAUCAGCAGGCAAGCGUCGCCAUUCCAGGGCCCAACCUAUCUGCCUCCCAAGGAGUUUCUGAAGUGCGCUCCCGGUCAGCAGUGCGUCCGCAAUGGUCAGUGCCUGAACGGAUUUUUCACCCAGCAAUUACCCAAGAUUCAAAACUGUGAUCAGGAAAACAAUGUCUGCUGUACCUAUAGGGCGCCUGCCACCACCACAACAACCACUACUCCCGUGCCAGUGGCAACCUGUGCCCACGACUCCGACUGUGUGACUCCGGAUAACUGUCGGAACGGCGAAAUUAGCGCCAUAAACUACGUAAAGAAGCAAGGACCCAAUCGCUGCCCUGCGCCUAAUAUCUGUUGUCGCAUACCCUCGACCACGCUGACGGAGGAUGGCUAUAUUUUCAACCUGCCGGACAAGACCUUCCCGCUGCCGACGAAGCCCACAGUGCCCGCUGUGCGCUCCACCCAGGCGCCGUUCCGCCCACCAGCCACGCCUGCGGUGCCAGUUUCUCGUCCCACCAUUGAGUAUCUGCCGCCCUCCACCACACAGCAUCCCAUAUACAAAAACAUCCAGACGAGCCGACGACCAGUCUACUUGCCACCUGCCCCGGCCACUGAGUCGGCCAGCAGUCUUAUUCCACAAAUCAGGCCGAGGCCGGAGCCACGCCCUCAGCCGACGCACCGGCCUACGAACGAGUACCUGCCGCCUGCGGCCGAUAACGAGAUCCCUCGGUUCGAACCUGACCACGCUCCGCAGCCAUCAAACGAGAAACCAAUCUACCGCGGAGAGGACCUGCUGUCGCCUCAGAUCUUUCCCACGCCCCAGCCAGCUAAUGUCCCUAAGCACUUUGCCAAGUGCGCCUCAGCCUUAGUGUGCACCUCUGAGAACUUCUGCAAUGCCAUCGGAGUGCUUUCUGAGACCGCCGUAGAGCUGUCCCCUAUGGAGGCGGCUUUCCGUGUGCCCCUUACCGACUGUUUGCAGGCCGAGAACGGUUCUCCCGGCAAGUGCUGUCGUGACCCUAACUACGUAGACCCCUGGCCCGUUAACUUAGCCGGAGUGUGCGCGACAAGGAACAAGCGAACAAAGCCCACGGGAGUAAAGGAUUUGGAUGCAAACUUUGCCGAAAUCCCCUGGCAAGCCAUGAUCUUGCGCGAGUCAAGCAAGACGCUUAUUUGCGGAGGAGCUAUAAUCGGAGACCAAUUUGUUUUGAGCUCCGCCAGCUGCGUAAAUGGCCUUCCGGUUGCCGACAUUCGAGUCAAGGCUGGUGAAUGGGAGCUGGGCAGCACGAACGAGCCUCUGCCGUUCCAGCUGACUGGAGUCAAAACCAUCGACGUCCACCCCGACUACGAUCCGUCGACACACGCCCACGACUUGGCCAUUAUCCGACUCGAGAGACGCUUGGAGUUCGCAUCCCACAUCCAGCCAAUCUGCAUAAGCGACGAGGACCCUAAGGAUUCCGAGCAGUGCAUCACGUCCGGCUGGGGAAAGCAAGCGUUAUCUAUCCAUGAAGAGGGCGCUCUAAUGCACGUGACCGAUACUUUGACGCAAGCACGCAGCGAGUGCAGUGCCGAUUCCAGCAGUGUGUGUGCUGCUACCAAGUUUGACUCUUGCCAAUUCGACGUAGGAAGCGCGCUUGCCUGCGGCAGCGGCUCGAACGUCCGACUCAAGGGAAUAUUCGCCGGUGAGAACUCAUGCGGAGAGGGGCAGACAGUGCGUUUUGCCAAGCCGGACAUUAAAUGGAUUAACACGGCGUUUGCUGAAAAGAACAAGCCGCUUCUGUUGAAACGAUUUUGAGAUUGACUUUGAUUCGGAUUAGCACCAAGGAACGAGAAAUUGUUUGCAUCCCGAUACUACAGAUAAACAGGGUAAAUAGCCCAAGCACGAUUACGGGUUAUUAACUUGCCAUUGCGAUUUCGUUGGAGCUCGAAAAGGGGUAUUUUUUGUAUUUCGUAAAACAAUACAAGGUUGCAGAACUUGCUUAUAAGAAUGCUGAAAUAGUUUCUUGGAAAAGAUUUUUGUUUCUUGAUUUGGAAUCAAGAUCUUUAACAUUUUUAACAAGAUUUCACACUGGCUUGCGGGUACACAAAGCACUUAUGUAAGUGGUUGUUUUUUCUAGAACUUUGUCGUAAGUUAUAAAUAGAAACGUUAGACGAAAACGAGAAGUCGUUCAUAUACGAAAUUUGGUGUUUUUAGUUACAAGCUCGCGAAACCCAUCAAAAUAGUCUUCUACCUUGCCACAUUUUGACUGCAGCUCCAAUGAAAAAGCUACAUUUUACUAUCUAGAUACAAUUUUUCUCAUUGACUUACAGAUGUUUGUUCGAAUAUUUUCAAAUGUUGUAUGUAUAUAAGAUACGUAAAAAGUCUUAAAAUCUAAAAUACUUUGUUUCAGUGAAUGAACCAAACAAUGUAGAGUCAUUGCUGCAUGAGCUUAAAUCAGCUACAUGCACUCAAAGUACGUACAUAGAUUGAGUUUGAAUGUUAAAGAUUCCAGCUAUGGGAAGAUGUAAAAUACUUAAGUAAUUAUAAUUAUUUUGGAGAAAUCAACUCACCGCCAACCACAAUAAAUAGAGAUUAUAUAAGUUUUAAGAUGUGCACUUUCUAAGGAAAUGCCCCAGGCACACACGUAAACCGCACAACGGAAUCUCUGCUGCACCAAUAAAUUUAUUGAUAUUUAAAGUUUUUUACUAUAUCGUAAUCUGAAUAUGUUAUUAUGAUUAAAUGUCUAAAUCUAGCUUAUAAUUUAAUUUUUAAAUAAAAAAAACUAAGAUGUACAACAUUUACUGGAA